AUGCUUAUCAAAUUCAACUACAUCUCCCCAUUAUUCAACAUUGCAAACUUCAUCGAGGCAAUACUUCGCCGGAGAUUCUCCUCCACUGGUCUCUCCUUACAAAUCUUAUCCAUCGACUCCGAAACCACCAUACAGUUCUGGGCCCCACCACCGUCACCGUCGCCGGAAAACCAAAAGAAACCGUCUCUCCUCCUCCUCCACGGCUUUGGCCCUUCUGCUCUAUGGCAAUGGAGCCAUCAAGUAAAGCCACUCUCUAAAGUCUUCCGUCUCUAUAUCCCCGACCUCGUCUUCUUCGGUGGCUCCACCACAACCUCAUCUUCCUCCGACGAGAACCGGUCGGAGAUAUUUCAGGCCUCGUGCAUGAGAAAGCUGAUGGAGAAGCUCGGUGUCGAGAGAUUUAGUGUUGUCGGGACGAGUUACGGUGGGUUUGUGGCGUAUAAUAUGGCCAAAAUGUUGCCGGAAAAAUUGGAGAAAGUGAUUCUUGCGAGCUCAGGCGUUAAUAUGCGACGGAGUGAUAACGAGGCGUUUAUAGCGAGAGCCAAAUGUCACGGUGUGGCGGAGGUGAUGCUUCCUUCAUCGGCGACGGAUAUCCGGAGAUUCUCCGGGAUGGUUUCUACUAAGAGACUCGAUUAUGUUCCCGAUUUUGUCUUGAACGACUUUUGCCAGAAAAUGUAUUCGGAGAAGAGAGAAGAAAAAGCAAGACUUUUGGAGGGGCUAACUAUUGGGAGGGACAACAAUUUAAACGUAACUCCAAUUGAACAGGAUGUGAUGCUGAUAUGGGGGGAGCUAGAUCAGGUUUUUCCUUUGAAAAUGGCCUAUCACCUCAAAGAGAUGUUGGGGAAGAAGGCGACGCUAAAAGUUAUACCAAAGACUUCACAUAUUCCCCAAUUGGAAAAGUCCAAAGAAUUCAAUGGCAUUGUCAUGUCUUUCUUGUUACCUCCUUAUCCUUCACUAUAA